AUGGCCACCCGACAGUCACAAAAACGUCUCACAAAGGAAUACAAGACUAUAGUAGCCAACCCACCACCUUAUAUUACUGCCAAGCCAAACGAUGAGAAUAUCUUAGAAUGGCAUUUCAUCAUCACAGGUCCUCCCAGCACUCCGUUUGAAGAUGGCCAGUACCAUGGGAUGCUUAGAUUCCCUCAUGAAUACCCUUUUAAACCGCCAUCAAUCCUGAUGGUUACCCCUAAUGGACGUUUCCAAUGUAACACAAGACUUUGUUUAUCCAUGAGUGAUUACCAUCCAGAUACCUGGAACCCUGCAUGGAGUGUGGCCACGAUUUUAACUGGUUUACUUUCAUUUAUGACCGGUGAUGAAAGUACCACUGGGUCUAUUGUAACCAAUGAUUUCCUCAAACGUAAAUUGGCAGCUGCUAGUAAAAAUUGGAAUGUCACCGAGAAUCAUAGAUUUGUUAAGCAAUUCCCAACGAUUGCCAGUCAGAAUCGGUUAGAUAUUGAAGAACAAAGACGUAAAGAUCAAGAACUUUUAAUAAAUGGUUCGGGUGCAGGCGCCGCCUCCACUUCGAAAAAAUCGGUGGAACAACCGAUCAAUCUUCAAGAGAAUUUGGAUCUGUUGGAUCCUGAAGAUCGUGCACGUCUUAUUGUAGAACAAGACGACCCCGUGUCUAGCACAUGGAUGCAAACCUACACUGUGAUUGGUGUCAUAUUGGCUGGAAUUGUGGCUGCAUCUUUAAACAUACUUUGGAGAUAG